AGCGGCUCUUUUAAUGAGGGUUGCGACGUCUCCCUCCCCACACCCAUAAACCAGCCGGCUGGGACGUCACCGCUAAUCGUUCCAGCGAUGAUAGGAUACAGAAGGCACAUUAAGAAAUAAAUUCCCCCUCACGACCCUCGCCGAGCUCCCGGAUCGGUCCCUGCAUAUUCACGCCGCGAUUCCAGCCGCCGGGCGUGGAGCUACUUAGCGCCGCGGCUCCUCCGAGGGGCGGCGGCGGCCGGGCGGACGGGCUCCAGAGCCCAGAUCUCAUCUCUGUCUAACAGGCUGGUGACCAGGAUGCUCGGAGAAUUGCCCACAUCGAUCAUGCGUCACUUCUAGACGCGUCUACCAGACACUCCUCCUCCUGCUCGGCCUGACCUGUUGCGUAGGGACACGGGACAGUUCUCCUGACAUCUGCCUGAUCAACCAUCGCUUCCUGGAGGACAGAAAGGAGGCAGACGCAUGACAUCAUGCCACCAACGGCCAAAUGACAGUGAGAGGUGAUGCGGAGCUGACGUCAAACACCGAAGGCUGAAACGCCUGUCUGCAGCUCCCGUCUGCCCUGCUCUCCUCCAGCGCGGCCUGAAGCCCAACUCCUCCUGUGAAAUCGUCUUGCCUUGCUACAAGACAGGACCUCUGGACAGCAGACACCAUGGAAGAUCACGUGUUUGGUGUCCAGCAGAUCCAACCCAAUGUCAUUUCUGUGCGGCUCUUCAAGCGGAAAGUCGGGGGCCUGGGGUUCCUGGUAAAGGAACGGGUCAGCAAGCCACCCGUGAUCAUCUCUGAUCUGAUUCGAGGCGGGGCCGCCGAGCAGAGUGGCCUCAUCCAGGCCGGGGACAUCAUUCUUGCCGUCAAUGGCCGGCCCUUGGUGGACCUGAGCUACGACAGUGCCCUAGAGGUGCUCAGGGGCAUCGCCUCCGAGACCCACGUGGUUCUCAUCCUGAGGGGCCCCGAGGGUUUCACGACGCACCUGGAGACCACCUUUACGGGGGAUGGGACCCCCAAGACCAUCCGAGUGACACAACCCCUGGGAGCCCCCACCAAAGCCGUGGAUCUGUCCCACCAACCAUUGGCCAGCAAAGAGCAGGCUCCGGCAGUGGAUGGGGCCACGGGGCCUGGGAACGGGCCUCAGCAUGCCCAGGACAACGGGCAGGAAUCCAGCUUGCUCUCCCACACCAACGGCCUGGCUCCCCGCACCCCAAGCAAGGGACCUGCCAAGAAAAGUGCCACAGUCAGUGCCCAGGGGAGCAGGGAGCACAAUGAACUGCUCAGAGAGAUAGAGCCUGUGCUGAGCCUCCUCACCAGCGGGGGCAACAAAGGGGCACCUGCCAAGGUAGACAUGAAAGACACCGGAGUCCAGGUGGACAGAGAUCUGGACAGCAAAUCACACAAAGCCCUGACCCUUGGCGGGGAGAACGACAGAGUGCUCCAUGACCUGUGGGGGGACAGCAACGCGCCUGUGGUCCUCAACAACCCGUAUUCAGAAAAGGAGCAGCCCCCUGCCUCAGGCAGGCAGUCCCCCACCAAGAACGGCAGCCCCUCCAAGUGCCCCCGCUUCAUCAAGGUCAAGAACUGGGAGACUGACGUGGUGCUCACAGACACCCUCCACCUUAAGAGCACGCUGGAAACGGGCUGCACCGAGCACAUCUGCAUCGGCUCCAUCAUGCUGCCCCCUCAGCACACACGGAGGCCCGAAGAUGUCCGCACCAAGGGUCAGCUCUUCCCCCUCGCCAAAGAGUUCCUGGAUCAGUACUACUCGUCAAUUAAAAGAUUUGGCUCCAAAGCCCACAUGGACAGGCUGGAAGAGGUGAACAAGGAGAUUGAAAGCACUAGCACCUACCAGCUCAAGGACACAGAGCUCAUCUACGGGGCCAAACAUGCCUGGCGGAAUGCCGCCCGCUGCGUUGGCAGGAUCCAGUGGUCUAAGCUGCAGGUGUUCGACGCCCGCGACUGCACCACGGCACACGGGAUGUUCAAUUACAUCUGCAACCACAUCAAGUAUGCCACCAACAAAGGGAACCUCAGGUCAGCCAUCACCAUAUUUCCCCAGAGGACAGAUGGCAAGCACGACUUCCGAGUCUGGAACGCCCAGCUCAUCCGCUAUGCCGGCUACAAGCAGCCCGACGGCUCCACCCUGGGAGACCCUGCGAAUGUGGCGUUCACAGAGAUCUGCAUCCAGCAGGGCUGGAAACCCCCGAGGGGCCGCUUCGAUGUCCUGCCGCUGCUGCUGCAGGCCAACGGCAACGACCCCGAGCUCUUCCAGAUCCCGCCCGAGCUGGUGUUGGAAGUGCCCAUCAGGCACCCCAAGUUUGACUGGUUCAAAGACCUGGGCCUGAAGUGGUACGGCCUCCCCGCCGUGUCCAAUAUGCUGCUGGAGAUCGGCGGCCUGGAGUUCAGCGCCUGUCCCUUCAGUGGCUGGUACAUGGGCACAGAGAUCGGUGUCCGAGACUACUGUGACAGCUCGCGCUACAACAUCCUGGAGGAAGUAGCCAAGAAGAUGAACUUGGACAUGAGGAAGACGUCCUCGCUGUGGAAGGACCAGGCGCUGGUGGAGAUCAAUAUCGCCGUCCUCUACAGCUUCCAGAGCGACAAAGUGACCAUCGUUGACCAUCACUCUGCCACCGAGUCCUUCAUCAAGCACAUGGAGAACGAAUACCGCUGUCGUGGUGGCUGCCCGGCCGACUGGGUGUGGAUUGUGCCCCCCAUGUCUGGCAGUAUCACCCCCGUCUUCCACCAGGAGAUGCUCAACUAUCGGCUCACGCCCUGCUUUGAGUACCAGCCCGAUCCUUGGAACACCCACGUCUGGAAAGGAACCAAUGGGACCCCCACCAAGCGACGAGCCAUCGGCUUCAAGAAGCUGGCAGAAGCCGUCAAAUUCUCGGCCAAGCUGAUGGGGCAGGCCAUGGCCAAGAGGGUCAAAGCCACCAUCCUGUACGCCACAGAGACGGGCAAAUCACAAGCCUAUGCCAAGACCUUGUGCGAGAUCUUCAAGCACGCCUUCGAUGCCAAGGUGAUGUCUAUGGAGGAAUAUGACAUCGUACACCUGGAGCACGAAGCUCUGGUUCUGGUGGUGACCAGCACCUUCGGCAACGGGGACCCCCCUGAGAAUGGGGAGAAAUUCGGCUGUGCUUUGAUGGAAAUGAGGCACCCCAACUCUGUGCAGGAGGAAAGGAAGUACCCGGAACCCUUGCGUUUCUUUCCCCGUAAAGGGCCUUCCCUCCCCCGGGGUGACACUGAAGUCCACGGUCUGGCUGCAGCCCGUGACAGCCAGCACAGGAGCUAUAAGGUCCGGUUCAACAGCGUCUCCUCCUACUCUGAUUCCCGCAAAUCAUCUGGUGAUGGGCCUGACCUCAGAGACAACUUUGAGAGUGCUGGACCCCUGGCCAAUGUGAGGUUCUCUGUGUUCGGCCUCGGCUCUCGGGCGUACCCGCACUUCUGCGCCUUCGGUCACGCUGUGGACACCCUGCUGGAGGAGCUGGGUGGGGAGAGGAUCUUGAAGAUGAGAGAGGGGGAUGAGCUUUGUGGGCAGGAAGAGGCAUUCAGGACCUGGGCCAAGAAGGUGUUCAAGGCAGCCUGUGAUGUGUUCUGCGUGGGGGAUGACGUCAACAUCGAGAAGGCGAACAACUCGCUCAUCAGCAACGACCGCAGCUGGAAGAGGAACAAGUUCCGCCUCACCUACGUGGCCGAGGCACCGGAACUCACCCAAGGUCUUUCCAAUGUCCACAAAAAGCGAGUCUCUGCCGCUCGACUCCUGAGCCGCCAAAACCUGCAAAGCCCUAAAUCCAGCCGAUCGACAAUCUUUGUGCGUCUGCACACCAACGGGAACCAGGAGCUGCAGUACCAGCCCGGGGACCACCUGGGGGUCUUCCCUGGCAACCACGAAGACCUCGUGAAUGCCCUCAUCGAGCGGCUGGAGGAUGCCCCCCCUGUCAACCAGAUGGUCAAGGUGGAACUGCUGGAGGAGCGGAACACGGCUUUGGGUGUCAUCAGUAACUGGAAGGAUGAGCCCCGCCUCCCUCCCUGCACCAUCUUCCAGGCCUUCAAGUACUACCUGGACAUCACCACACCACCCACACCCCUGCAGCUGCAGCAGUUUGCCUCCCUGGCCACCAAUGAGAAGGAGAAGCAGCGUCUGCUGGUCCUCAGCAAAGGGCUGCAGGAGUACGAGGAGUGGAAGUGGGGCAAGAACCCCACCGUGGUGGAGGUGCUGGAGGAGUUUCCGUCCAUCCAGAUGCCGGCCACCCUGCUGCUCACCCAGCUGUCCCUGCUCCAGCCGCGCUAUUACUCCAUCAGCUCCUCCCCGGACAUGUACCCGGACGAGGUGCACCUCACCGUGGCCAUCGUCUCCUAUCACACGCGAGAUGGAGAAGGACCAAUUCACCAUGGCGUGUGCUCCUCCUGGCUCAACCGGAUACAAGCUGAUGAGGUGGUCCCCUGUUUUGUGAGAGGCGCACCCAGCUUCCACCUACCCCAAAACCCCAAGGUACCCUGCAUCCUGAUUGGCCCAGGCACCGGCAUCGCCCCCUUCCGAAGCUUCUGGCAGCAACGACAAUUCGACAUCCAGCACAAAGGACUAAGUCCCUGCCCCAUGAUCCUGGUCUUCGGGUGCCGGCAGUCCAAGAUAGAUCACAUCUACAGGGAGGAGACCCUGCAGGCCAAGAACAAGGGGGUCUUCAGAGAGCUGUACACGGCCUACUCCCGGGAGCCAGACAAACCAAAGAAAUACGUGCAGGACGUCCUACAAGAACAGCUGGCCGAGACUGUGUACCGAGCCCUCAAGGAACAAGGGGGCCACAUCUACGUCUGCGGGGACGUCACCAUGGCUGCUGAUGUCCUCAAAGCCAUCCAGCGCAUCAUGGCUCAGCAGGGGAGACUCUCGGAGGAGGAUGCUGGGGUGUUCAUCAGCAGGCUGAGGGAUGACAACCGGUACCAUGAAGAUAUUUUUGGAGUCACCCUGCGCACGUAUGAAGUGACCAACCGCCUUAGAUCUGAGUCCAUUGCCUUCAUUGAAGAGAGCAAAAAGGACACUGAUGAGGUUUUCAGCUCCUAAGUGGACCCUGUUGCCCAGAGGGACGGCAGGCAGCACCCUAAGUGCUCCAGCGGGGUGCCCACGGUUUUCCUAGGCACGGACACACGGCUGAACGUUUCCCCCAGGACCCUCGCAGCCCGCUCCAUCUCUUGUCCUGUCGCUGCGUCCUGGUUUCCCUCUUUGGGGUUCUGUCCCGCUCCAUGGUGUCCUCGGGCCUCCUGGGUUUGCUCCUCGAGUUCUCCUGCUGCAGUGCGAUGCCUUUAUGACCCGCAGUGGCUCCUACACAACCGUGUCCUCCCCGCUUUCUGGCUGCCCAAAGCAAAUCAUGGGUGCAUGAAACCAUUGGAUUAUGGCCAUCGCUCCUGUUAGGGUUUGUCCUGGGGGUGGCGUGGGGAGCUGGAAGGCUGCAGGUGCUGGACAGAAGCUGAGCCAGCCUCUGUGCCACUCGAGUCCCCCGUCCUCUCUUGGGAUGGUGUUUUUGGUCGUGCAUGUGCAUCUGUGCAUGCAGCCAGCCGGGCUGUCUGUGUGUCGUCUGCCCGUGCUCAUGUGUCCAUCUUAGAUCUGAGUCCGAUGCCUUGGCCGGCGACCCUCUGUGCCAAGAAAUGUGCCACCGACCCAUGUUAAUUCCUGGUGUGUCCUAAAUUCAGGGUCUGUGCCAUGUCCCUGAGACACUGGAAAGCCCCCUACCCAUCCUGCUAGAAAGGUCGGGGAAGUGGAAGAGGAUGUGGAGAUUAAGGGACCCAUCUCCCCACAAAAGAGAGAAUCACAGAAUUCGAUGCAUUUAGGUUUUGAGCAGCUCAUGUCCUCGCUGGGAAAUGAACUCCCUGCCCAGCCAGGGGCCCCUGACGUGCCCACACUCACAAACUGCCCCCAGCAUCCCACCCACAAGGAUCAUCUCACUGUGCCACCGGGGGACCCGGGAUGAGUCCAUUGUCCUCAGUUUCCCCUAAUCACAUUAUGAACCUGAAGAAUAGGAAUGAAUUGAACCUUAACAUUUUGGUGCCCAGAAGGAAUGUCAAGGAGGAAGGCGACUGGGACAUUUUUAUUCAGCCAGGUGGGGCUUGCUGAUUCAGCCUUGGGACAAAGUAACCAAAGCCAGUUAAAAGGAUCAGGUGAAAAGCGGGCUGUGGUACCGCAUGCCUGUGAUCUAGGCACCAGGAGGCUGAGGCAGGAGGAUGGCAGGUCCCGAGCCCAGCCUGGGCAAUUGACAGCCUCAGAGACGCCCUGGCUCAAAAUUUUAAAAAGGGCUGGAGGUGGAGCUCAGUGCAAAAGCCUAGGUUCAAUCUCAGUGUCACAAAUAAGAGAUCAGAGGAACCAAGUUAAGAGAAAUAGCUUAACAGGGAACCCCCUCUCCAGGUGGGAAAAAUAUGGCCCUCAGAUUUGCAAUCCUCUAACACUGAUCUCAUUUGUCAACCUGCUAAAAUAAUUUUAACAGAUUCAGCCUACUGUAUUUACCCUCUCAGAGUAACUGGAAUCAAAAGGUCCCUUCUACAUGUAAACCCUAAAAAAUCUGUAUGAGGCAGCUCCCAGAGAAACCCAAGAAGCCCCUGUGCCCCGGCAGCCUUGGAGGAUGGAGUCGGCGUGGGAGCCUUAGUAAUGUCAUUGCUUUCCAUUGUUUUUUGGACAAACUAUGUUUCCUUGAUGUCCGUGCACAGGUUUUCUUUCCUGAUGCUCAGGUUCCUGAGAAGGGAAUCACAGCUGGGGACCAAUACCCUAAGGGCUCCAGCUCCAAGAUUCUUACAGGUCAGACCUUGUUUUUUUCUACCCUCACUGUGCCCACCGGGGUUCCAGCCCUGGCGUGGUGAGUCGGUUCCAGUGAAUCAUCUCACCUGCUUUCCUUUAAUGCCAGUUUUUCCUGCCCAAUCCUCCACUGAGAGACUAAGCACUCAGUACCCCAAAGUGUUAACCUCGGCAAGCCGAAGGGAAGCCAACUGUAACCGCCUCCUUCCCUGCAGUACAGUGCCAGCUCCUAGUAACCUUCCUCCCUGGCGCUUGCUUCUCGAAUCUUUGAGCCUUUGGGGAUGUUUUCUAAGAUGUCACGGGUUCCCCAGGACUGCACUGCUAUGUCCAACCUCCAUCAAAGAGGAAUCGAUUGGAGCUGCCCUCUGUGAACCAAGCUCUCUGCGAGAAAGACUUCCACUGCUGAAUAAGGGCGCUUACUGUAGGCCGGGCAGCUUCUUCCUGAGCAUCCCUGACCUUUUCGGAGUGGUGGAAACAUGCUCCAUUCAUCACAGUCCAAAGAGAUGGCUCCGUAACCACGAUUCUUCUUUCUUCCCCAGCAGACUUUUUUUAAGUAGAACUUUCAUCUCCUAACACAAGCUGCUAGAACACAAGAGGUCAAUCUGAUACAUUUCUUUCAUUUCCCCGGAUUCCUGGUAGCAAAAAGCUGGGCUAUCAUGAAAGCCCCGACCAAAUGCACAGGAGACAGGACGGGUUAGCUCUGCUCCAGGGUGGGUAAAUACCGCCCUCUGCUGGUGACUUUUAGUUAGCUCCGUGGCCUUAAUGCAUGGUUAGCAAUGGGGUGCCCUGGGUAUCUGGGAGUUACUUGGACAGGGAACAGGAGUCCUUGUGGGUAGUUUGGUCUUAGGGUAGGAGGGGUCAAACUCGCGGGUGAUCUACCGGCCUUUUUUAUUUUUUAUUGGAGACAGGGUCUCACUGAGUUGCCCAGGCUGGUUUCAAACUUGAGCUCUUCCUGCCUUCCGUCUCCGUGGCUGGUGUUACAGGCGUGUGCGGUCACGCUGGGGACUCCUCGGGGUACUUUUUGAAAGGGGAAUUAAGGCAGCAUAAGUUAUGCUUGGGAAAGGAGGUUCUGGCUUUAGCCUGGAGCAUGGAUGGCUCCUCUGCUGAAUCCCUGAGGGGUCACUACCACGCCAAGGUCCCAGCAAGGGAGGAGGUAGUUGGGCCCAUAGAGACUCCAGGGCCUGAAUCUGAGGACCUGAUUCCCUGUCCGGAGGACAGUGGAAUCAAAGCCUUGCCUCCCUUUGAGCACAGAGCCUGGUCAUGAAGGACAGCCCCAGGGAAGGUAGCUUUGUGGGGUUUGUCCGAUGGCCAGCUUCUCCAGAGCUCAGGGUGGCACCUGCCAAGGUCCCACCGAGUCCAGAUCCACAGAAAGAAAAGUGCCCCCAGUCCAUAGAUGAUGGCCUGAGAUCACGGGGUUUGUCUGCCAAACACUUUGUGUAGCCUGCUUCAGGGUUCCAAGGAGGUCGGGAUUCACCCUAAGCUCAAAGCCAAGAGAAGUGUCCUGACCCAGACUUAGGGGCAAACAGACAUCUAGGCCCCUUCACCCUUAUGGUAUCAGCUCAAAGUACAGCCCCCUCUCGUCACUGGAGAACCGUGUGCUUCUGGAUUGUGCUCUGAUCGGCCGUGUGUGCUUAUUUCAUCUGACCAGGGGCCUUGUUUUCCAAAGCCUCAGCAUAAAUGACCCCCACAGACAUGGACUUGGCCUUUGGGGUCUGAUGCUGGCCUCUCUUUCUACUCACCCCUCCUCGUCCCCAAACCUUGCUGUGCACCCUCUAGCCACCUGCUUUCCAUUGAAGGUUGAUCAUCCCUAAUCUCAAAACCCAAAAGUUUCCAAAAUGUAAAACGUUUUGAGUGCCAACAUGAUACCCACAAGUAGAAUCAUUAUGUGCACAAAAUGACUUAACUAUUGCAUCAAAUCAACUCCCAGCUCUCGGUAUAAGACGCAUGAAUGAAACUCAUCAUGGGUCCCCUCACCAAGAUAUCUGCGUCACCACUGCAAAAUGCAAAAGUUGCAAAACCUGAAAUACUUCUGAUCCCAAGUAUUGAACCUGCAGUUGGAAGGGAGGUGGUCAGGGGUCCGCAUGCCUUAGCUGUGUCUAUGGGUUUGUUUCAUCCUCAGGUAUCCAAACAGUUCUGGUCAAGCAGGACAUUGGGUCCACCCCAGUUGGUCAUUAACAUGGUGGUCCGGGCAGGCAGAGGCAAAUGUGCCUUAAUGCAGUCUUUAGGACAGUGACUCUGGAACUCUGAAAGUGCCCAGAUUUGGUCCCUAACCUGCAGGUGAUUGUAGCCCAGGACCCAGCAACUCUAGCACUGGCAUUUGGAGCUGGAUCAUCCUUCAUCGAAAGGGUCAUCCGGAUAUUAUAGGCUGUAGGGCCUCCGCCUACUAGAUGUCAGUCGAAACCAUCAGACAGGUCAUCAGACAGUGCCCAGUGUCUCACCUUGGAGGGCAGUAGCUCCACACACACACAUUCCUUAGAUGAGAACCAUUGCUGUGGACUUGAGGGGCAAGAGGAUGUCUAGUAGACACCCCAGGACUUCUCAUCACAGACCUUCCGGAGGGGGCUCCCACAGCUUUCCUCCGCCCCAUGGUAAUGCCCUUUGUCCACCGCCACACUGAGGCCUGAGGGAGCUGUAGGGGAGAAAGCAUGGCUCCACAAACCGCUUCCAAGCCAGAGAUGGGUGCUUCUGUUUGGAUAAUAAGAUGCGGCCUCCUCAAUGUUGGUUCUGACGGAGACCCCCUUGGCCAGUGCCCGCUCUCUGGAUCUGAGACUCCCUGUGCCCGCACUCUGUUCUUGCUGUUGUGCUGUCACCGUGACUGUCAGACCCACUCCAGGCCCAGCGAGCGAGACUGGGGACUCCUGCAGCUGUCCCUUUGGGUGUCCACUCUGGGGCUGCGGAGGCUUCUGGGGUGCGCGGAGCCAGGGUCCCAUCUCGCCACGCACGCGCCAUCCGAAACUCAGAUGUCCCCUACCUCUGAGCUCUCGAUGCUGCUAAGCUCUGCCAAGUGUCCCGUGCGCUCCAGAACCUUCCUCCAAGGACUGACGCCCGCCCCCAGCUCCUCGAGAGUUUGCCCAGGCUCUGUCCGCCGCAUGCUCUUCUUCUGUAUAGUUCUCAUCUUCUAAUUUUAUGGGAUUCAACAAAAGUCUAUUUAUGCCUGUUUGCAUUAUGGUUAAAAAUAUUAAAAAGUGGACUCAA